AUGCGAGGAAAGCUAAUUAAUGACACUAAGAAUGCAUUAACAGCUGCUCUCUCCAAGCUUGAUCCCGAUGAUUCAUUUAGUACUAUAGCAUUUAAUGGAGAGAUCUAUCAAUUUUCAACUUCAAUGGAAUUGGCUUCAAGCGAUGCUGUUGAAAGGGCCAUUGAAUGGAUCAACAUAAACUUUGUUGCUGGGGGUGAUACAAAUCUUAUGCGUCCAUUAAACAUGGCAAUAUAG